ACUCUAUGGCCGAAACUGAGGACUACUUGCAAAUUACUCCGCCAGAAUUGUGGAGCCUUAACGGAUUUGCUGAUUGGUGUAUUUCAUGUGAAAGAUUCGAAAAUAAUAAAAUGAAGAUUUUAGACUAUAUCAAAAAAGGAUUAGAGAAGAUAAUCGACAACACUACAUUUGAGGAAGACAUAAGGCAAAAGGCAUCUGAUUUACGCGAAGAAUUUCAG